CAUUUUCGAAGCUCACACGCGAACACAAACAUAGGAUUUCUUGACGAAGAGGACAAAAAGGGCGGCCCGUGUUACAACGGUCGUCCACACACGUGCCCCCUGUCGGUGUCAGGUCGCGCGGCUGUAAGCGAUGACGGAUCACACUCAUGUUGGAUCUCUUGAUGCAUGGCUGCCGAGUCCCCCGGCAUUCCUAGUGGCCUCCGCGUACCAGAUGUACCAGACGAGUCGCCACGGCAGUCCGUUCGCGGCUGUUUCGCAUGCAGCAAGCAGCCAGACUGCUCCUAUGCUAAUCCCCAGGGCAACGCAUCGCAGCCGGUAUGCUGGCUUCUGUCCCUCGGCAGUUGGAGAGUCUUGUCACGCUAACGAAGGGCUGGGCACCACAAAACAACUAGCCUUAUUCGGUUAUGUUCCGCAAGACCUGGAGCCGCCCUCAGCUCCUUUCCUCCUGGCAGACCUGAUGCCCAGCUGGUGCUUCGACGCGGCUGAGGCCACUGUCCAGCGCGCCAGGCGCUGUUUCACGCCAGGACCUUCCCAGUUCGCUUGCGAUACCCUUGAGGAACCCCUGGCUAUUUCCGCAACGAAAAGCGCCGUGACAGCUACCUUGCGCCCAGUCGCCUCGCUACCGCUGCUGCCAACACAAGAGCCGGCCUGCUUCACUUCGCUCUGUAAGGCGCUGUCCUCACCCCCAUCGCGCGAAUCCCUAGCCGCCGCCCGCCCCUGCUGUGCUGGGGAAGGCGCACGCCACCUGCCGUACAGCGAUGCCGCAGCAACCGCAGCUGCCGCAGCCUUUACAUGCUCCCUGUCAGCUUGGCCUGCUGCGUGUUCGCCCCCUUCCGUGGCUUCUUUCUUCCCUUCGGAUGGCGCAGCAAACGAGGACGCAGCACAUGCGGAUGGUGCUGAUAUGGAAGCAGAUGCGGAUGAUAAGGCGGAAGGAUGGUCCUUUCCCCUGGGCCAGUGUCUCGACGAUGAUGUUGACUGCUUCUCAACUGCUUCAACUGCGGCUACAAAAGCUGGUGUCAACGGCCAUGACGAUGACCUCUCUGUCGUUCAGCUGCUGCUGACGUCCACGGCUCCGGAACCCCUGUCCUGCCAUUGCGGUGCUGAUCGAGGUUGUCUGCUGGCUACUGCUGCUUUCGCCACCGCCACUGCCGCCCCAAGCAGCAACGUCGACAAUAACAACAAGGACAACGACUGCAUUAACAGCCGUUGCUCUUGGCCUUCCCUGGCGCAUGCUACUCCCACCGUAACCUGUACGACAGCCGCCAGCACAACUUUCACCA